AGGGGAGCAUGCAGACAGUUGGUUCAGAGAAACUCUUCGAAGCCUAAGGACAACACCUUACUACUACUGCCACUCUGCAUCCACAAGAGACUAAAGAUUUAAAAGCCACAAAUACAGGCUGUGCCCUACACCAUAUAUACCCUACACACUCGGGCCUCCACCUUCCUCCCGUCCCUAUUGCCCAUCCGUCCCUCCCUCCCUCCCUCCCUCCCUCAGUAGUGAGUCAUGAAGCGGUCCCUGUGGAGCCUACUGCUGGUGGUGGUGCGUCUGUGUUCCCCAGGAUGGAGUGACUGCCAGGGUGACUGCCUGGCCUGUGGCCUCCUACUACCCCUACCCAACCCCCAGACCCAGCAGCAAACAUUCAACACACUGAUGUGUCUGUUGGAGUGUGAGGGUCACGUCUCCCCUGCCCUCACCUGGGAGCUGUGUCAGCGAGCCAUCCUACCGCACUACCUCCUCCCACCAGAUGGCGGUGCUGUGUCUAAGAGAGCAGCAGAGGAGCUGAACCUGGGCCCUGUACACCUGGAGUCUGAUGGACACCUCCUCUACUCUGCAGCCAUGGAGCACUACCAGCAGGACACAGAAGACCAGGAAGACAGGGCCCUGGAGCAACAUGAUGCCCAGUACGACUCCUCCCCGCUGGGCUCGACCGAGGAGGAAGACUCCCUGGCUCUGGAAAACAGGGAGGAAGAGAAGGAGGAGGAAGUGGACAGGAGAAGGAGCAGUCAGGGGGAGGGAGGAGACGAGGAGGAGGCUGCGGUCCAGCUGACCAAGCGUUUCGGGGGCUUCCUGAAAGGUCACCACGGUUAUAGGAAGUUGAUUGGCGGGCCGGUGGGGCGGCCACUGCAGAAACGCCUAGGAGGGUUCAUCGGGAUCAGGAAGUCGGCCAGGAAGUGGAACAAGCAGAAGAGGGUGAGCCAGCUCCUCCGGCAGUACCUGGGGAUGACCAGCGGAGGCAUCCCUGGCCGCGGUGUUGGUAGGUUCAAUAACCCAGCCCAAGGAUUCAGGAGGCUACCCAGCCGGCUGUAACCUUCCCUUCCCUCCACACCCUCUGGGUCUUCUCUUCUCCCGUGACUCCACCCUCCCAAGUACCUCCAUAGAAAUAAUAAUGACUAUAGUUUACCAUUUGUCUGCUAUUAUUUUGGUGUUCUAUUCAUAUAGUUACCAACUAUGUUCACAGGGACCGUAAACUCCCUCAUACCUCAUCAGCCUAACGAAGAAGAGUAAUGAUAUCAUCAUUCUGAAACCCAUCCGGUGUUGUGAAGAGAAGUAAGGAAUGUUUCCUUCCAACCAUCGAUGUUUCUCCCACCCUACUGCCCCAGUUAAUGAACUGCAUCCUGAAAAAUAAAAGUGCAAUGUAAUAUUGUUUCAGUAUCGUAAAAUGUAGACGACAUGAUACUAGAUCCUGGAUCUAAUACCACCCAUGUUAGGAUGAUGACUGGAUGGAUGUUUAUGAUGUAUGUAUGCUCUUUAAUUUUUUAUUUUAUUUAAUGCUUGAGCGAGUGAAGGGUUGCAUUUGUUAUUUGCACUGUUCACGGUCUCUGGGUCGUUAAAGAACUGGUGGUCUGCAUCUUCUCUAUUCUGAGAAUAUACUGUAUGUUACUGGGCAGAGAACAGUCGUCAAUAUCUGGCCAAGUUGCAAAGUUGGAAGCCCUGCCUAUUCUACAAUUUCUCUUCUUAAAAUCUGAUUUUAAACCUAACCCUAACCUUAAUCCUAAACUUAACCUUUACCUCCAACCUUUGGUUUGCCCUCAUUUUUUAUUUACACCAAAAAGCUAAUUUUAGUUUUCAUAAAUGUUUACUAUAAAGUCAAUUUAGAUUUUGCAGCUUGGCCAUAUAGUGGGAACCGCAGAGUGGAUCAGCUACCAGACAGUAGGGUAACACUGCCCCCUGGUGUUGGUAGAGUAGAUCAGCAUCCCAGACAGUAGGGUAACACUGCCCC